UGUUCCCGGUUUGUUUUGUUUUGAUUGUUCGUUCUAUACAGUAGAAUGUUGUGAUGUGAAUCAAUUAAAAACUCACAUAGUAAUAUUAGAUAUUAUGUUAUAGAAACCCAUUAUUGAAGUGAGAAAACUACCCACACUUCGUAUCAAAAAUGAAAUUCCGUUUUUGCGGUGACGGUGACUGUCCAGACUGGGUAUUGGCUGAAAUCCAUUCGAAUUUAGCUGUGCUAAGCAUAAAACAGUUACGUGAGGUUGUUCACUAUGUAACCAUGUGCAUUUUAGGAGAAGAAGUCCCAGAAGAUAAUGUACGAUCUAUUUUCGGAAUAGUUAAAGGGACAAUGGACACCCCGAAAGCUGCUUUUGCAUGUAUUAGGUUUUUGCUGGUGAGUGCCGCUCGUUUCAAUACUGACAGCUCAGUAUUUGGUACCGAGCUGCAACAGUUGGGAUUGCCCAAGGACCAUACCACUGUUAUGUGCCAAGUGCUCGACGAACACGUCAGUAAGAUUCGAACCAAACUGAGUCAGUCCAGUCUCAUGGUAAACGAACUGAACAGUGUUACAAGUAGCGUUCCAGCAAAUACAGUUGAUUGUGUGCAGUUCCAGUUUGGCAUUAGGAAUGAAAUAGUUAAUGGAGUACCUCAGCAGACAACUCACACAAUUAACAUCAAUCGCAGUGACAUCCCGGUGCUGUUGAAGGAGCUCAGAACGGCUAAAGGCAUCAUGGACAGAUACGAUUACGAAUCGAAGCAUAGUGAUAUUAAAUAAUAUUUCUGUUUUUACGCCGUGGAUAUGGUUUUUGCCGUAUACCGAACAAGGUAUCAUUUUGAAAACUUUGGCUAAAUAUAAAAUUUCAUAAUCAUGUCGCAGUUACGAUUGAGGUGAA